AUGAGCGAUGGCAGGCAUUCUACCUCAUCACUACAGUCUUCAGUAGGCGUUACUUCCGCUGAAGAACUAUCCGAAAAAUAUCAAAAAUUAUUCGCUGAAUUUUCUCGGAUGAAAGCACAACACUCUGUAUUAAAGAAAGCCGUUAUUAAGGAACAAAAAACUAUUACUUCAUUACAAGAUGAAUGCAAAACCAAGGAACAAGAAUUGCGUACCAGGUUAUCACCCGGUUGGUUAGUGGGUUCGGCAAAAAAAGAACUUGAAAAAUCAAAAGUGACUUUAGAGGCUACCACCAUAGAACUAAAUAGAAAAAUUGAUGAAAAUGAAAAGUUACAUAAAGAGCUAUUUGAAGUUAACAGUUUAUAUACACAACAUGUGGCUUCUCUCCAAUCUAAGAUAUCGGAAUUGGAGAAAAAAACGGAAGAACUUCAGAUCGAAUUAACAAGAUCUCAUCUUGCUAGCGAAGAGGCUUUGAGUAAAAUACGUCAAGCUAAGAGUGAUGUUGAUAAUGAGCUCGACCGAACAAGAUUGGAGCUACGCGAAACAAAAGCGCUUAUGGAAAAGAACGAGCAGAAAUUGAAAGAGGGCGAUGAUGUAUUGCAAGCUGAAGUGAUUGUACUUCGAGAUACGUUGGAGAUAAAUUUGGGUCUUUCAUACGAAUCACAGAUAGAUCAAUUUAGUGCAUUACGUGAAAAAUUUGACAGCGAAUCAAAUGAACUUAUCGAAAGUUUUAAACAAUUGCAAUCAAAUGCCCGUGAUUAUCUAAAAUCACUUAAAGAGAAGUCAGACUCAUCUUAUGAACUAGGCUUGAAAGUUAAAAGCGCUAGUUUAGUAUGGCAACAAAAUUUACAAAAACUAGUAGUAAAAUUGGCUUCUACCCAAAGCAAAAUAACAGAAUUAACUUUAGAUAACGAAAAUCUUAUUAAACUCAACGAAUCUGAUUCGACUAAGAUCAAGGAUUUAGAAACUCAAAUUUCUCAGCUGAGAGAAGAGUUAGAUAGACAAAAGGCAACAUAUAAUGGUCUAGCGACAGAAAUGAAUCAACAACAAGGAGGUAAUAACGUAGAAAACGGCGUUACUAGUAAUGAGGUAACAUCUUUACUUGCCAACGGAUUGAACGGAAUAUCGUCGAAUGGUGUGAAUCAUAAUGAUACAUUAGCCAAUAAAGAUAAUUCUGAAACAAGAGAAAAUAAUAUAAAUUCAUUUGUUUAUCCUCAUGAUUCUGAAAAAGGAGAAAGUACCGAACCUUCAGACCAACCAAUUAAAGAUACCUCACGCCCAACAGCUAUAACUGUUAUGACAACACCAAUAACAAGAUCUACAACUGACGACAUUGAUAUUAACGCAAAUCGCAAUGGUAAUUCAAGUAUUCUCGAGUUGGAGCGAGAUAUAGGGAGAGUUACUAAAAGUGAGGGUGAUACUAGACAACGAGAGGCUCUUAUUAAAAAUCAUUAUGAAUCUAAAAUAAACCAGUUAACAGAGCAGUUACAAUUGUCAGAUAGUAAAUCAUUGCGAUUAUACAAAGCUUCAAAAAUCAUUCAAGGAAGAUUAGCUGAAGCGGAUGAAGGAAAAUCACGAGCGGAACAAGAAAAGACAAGGCUACAAAACGAAUUGGACCAAUUGAAGGAAAAAUUGCGCGAAGAACGUGAAAAUUUCAAAACUCAGAUUGAUGAAAUGACAAAAUGGAUCAAUAAACAAGACGAAGCUAUUGAAGACAAAGAGCGCCAAUUAAAAGAUCUUAAAGCUGGGACUUCACGUUAUGAAUAA